AUGGCUAGUCGGCCACAGGAUCCAGGGGGGGUUCUAUUUCCGGCCUCCGGCUACCUGUCAAUGGCAUAUGAGGCUGGCACUCGCCUUGUAGACCAGGAGAAACAUCCGAUGUGCCUAGUGGAGCUGCACAAUGUUGACAUCCUGCGUGCGAUGCGUCUUGAAGAAGAUUCCUCUGGCUUGGAAGUAGUUUUCACGGUUCGCGUCACGAGCCAGUCCAAGGACAUGAUUACCGCUGAGGUAGCUUGGUACAGUGGCGAUGUCGACUCCAUUCUCUAG